CGGUAAGGAGAGUUUUGUAACAGGGUCACGUUGCGCUGCGGCACUGAACUAACAGACCUCCAAACAGCAGCAGUCCACCGUCUACUCUCCUCUACACCGAAGACAACACCUGCCCAUAACCUAUUUAACUAGAUAACUACAAUAUUAUCAGGAUGCCUCACCAGUACCCAGCUCUGACCACAGAGCAGAAGAAGGAGCUGCAGGAGAUAGCAGAGAGGAUCACGGCUCCGGGGAAAGGAAUCCUGGCUGCAGAUGAGUCCACCGGCAGCAUGGGUAAGCGUCUCAACCCCAUCGGGGUAGAGAACACAGAGGAGAACCGUCGUCUGUAUCGCCAGCUGCUGUUCACGGCUGAUGAGAGAAUGGAUGCUUGUAUUGGUGGAGUGAUCUUCUUCCACGAGACUCUCUACCAGAACGCUGAUGACGGGACCAACUUCUCCCAGCUCAUCAAGGACAGGGGGAUUGUAGUGGGCAUCAAGGUGGAUAAAGGUGUUGUCCCACUGGCCGGAACCGAUGGAGAGACCACAACCCAGGGUCUGGAUGGCCUGGCAGAGCGUUGUGCUCAGUAUAAGAAGGAUGGAGCAGACUUCGCUAAGUGGCGUAGCGUCCUGAAGAUCAGCGACAACACCCCCUCAGAACUCGCCAUCAUGGAGAAUGCCAACGUACUGGCACGCUACGCCAGCAUCUGUCAACAGAACGGCAUCGUUCCCAUUGUGGAGCCUGAGAUCCUUCCUGACGGAGACCAUGACCUGAAACGUUGUCAGUACAUCACUGAGAAGGUUCUGUCUGCGGUGUACAAGGCCCUAUCAGACCACCACGUCUAUCUGGAGGGGACCCUGCUGAAGCCCAACAUGGUGACUCCCGGACACUCCUGCCCCCAAAAAUACACUAACGAAGAGAUCGCCAUGGCUACGGUCACUGCCCUCCGCCGCACCGUACCCCCUGCCGUCACAGGUGUGACGUUCCUGUCAGGGGGCCAGUCAGAGGAGGAGGCCAGUAUUAACCUGAAUGCUAUCAACACCUGUCCUCUGGGUAAACCCUGGGCCUUGACCUUCUCCUAUGGUCGUGCCCUGCAGGCCUCAGCCCUCAACGCCUGGAGAGGAGAGAGAGACAACGAGAAGGCUGCUGCCGAGGAGUUCAUUAAACGGGCUGAGGUGAACGGUCUGGCUGCCCAGGGGAAGUAUGAGUCAACAGGAGACGGCGGAGCGGCGGGGCAGUCUCUCUACGUGGCCAAUCACGCGUACUGAACACCCCAGGCCACGCCUACAUCACAACCCACCGCUGCAGCCCCUCCCCUCACCCACCAACCACAGACCUGCGUUGUCUACCGUAUUUUAGAAACAGCAUUGUUGUCGUGGCAACAUAACGAUGUGGUUAAUAUGAGUAUUAAUUAGUAUGGGGAGUUGAUGAUGAAGAGGAUGCUGAAGGGAGAGAGGGCAGUAUCAUGAAUAAGCUUUACUAAGUCCCAAAUGGAGUCCUAUUCCCUAUAUAGACCUGGUCUAAAGUAGUGCACUAUAUAGGGAAUAGGGUGUACAGACCUGGUCUAAAGUAGUGCACUAUAUAGGGAAUAGGGUGCCAUAGGGCUCUGGUCUAAAGUAGUGACCAACCAGAGAGAUGAUGACAUCAGAUAGGGACCAAUCAGAUACUAGAUUACAUCAAACAGUGACCAACCAGAGAGAAGAUAACAUCAGAUAGGGACCAAUCAGAUACUAGAUUACAUCAAACAGUGACCAACCAGAGAGAAGAUAACAUCAGUUAGGGACCAAUCAGAUACUAGAUUACAUCUGACAGACACCAGGGUGUGACGUGUUGAGUUCCAGUUAGGAAUGAGUAAGAAGAGAGGGAUGAGAGAGGAGGGAGAAAGAGGAGAGAGAUAGUGAGAGGAGGGAGAGAGAGAGUGAGAGGAGGGAGA